AUGGAUGGGGACAGAGUGAAAUUCGAGGAGCUGGUUGAUUCAGGAAACUGGAUAUACUGGAAAUUCCAGAUGAAAGCAUUUCUGAAUGCACGUGAUGCAUUGGAAGUUAUCGAUGGAACUUGGGUUAAACCUGACAAUAGUGUUGAGAAAGCUGUUGAAUUGGCUCGCUGGAAGAAGCCAAAUAAAAUUGCCAAAGAAGUUUUGGUCACUACCUUAGACAAAAAAACAUUAACAUUAAUUAUGAAUUGUGAUACCACCUGUGAAAUGUGGUUUAAGUUGCUGAAUAUUUGUGAAAAAAAAUCAGCUGAUGCAGUCUACCUGCUCCAAACAAUUUCAUGUUUGAAAGAGUUGGAUGAGGAGAUAUCUGACACUAUGCUCAUGACGACCAUUCUAAACACAUUGCCCUCAGAGUUUCGACAUUUUCACAGUGCAUGGGACUCCACAUCUGCUGAGGGGAGAACUUUGGACAAAUUAGUGUCUAGAUUAAUGGUCGAGGAGGUAAAGUUGGGAAUGAGUGAGAUUAAAAUGAAUCCAGAGUCAGCUCUUGUAGUAAAGAAGGAGAUAAAAACGAAGAGUUUUGGUCUAAAGCCCAUUUCAAAUUCGCACAAGGUCAAAACAAAAUUAAAAUGUUGGACUAUAUUAAAUGAAAAAGAUACAUUCGUAUUGGGGAAUGGUAGUACAGUUGUUGCUGUUGGUAGUGAUAAGAUAAGAAUAAAAUCUAAUGUGGAUGAUGGGGAACAUUAUCUUGACAACGUCAUGUAUGUUCCUGACAUGAAAGUUAACUUGUUCUUGGUUCGAUCAGUAGCUGAAAACGGAUUUAAGCAAACAAUCUUGCGAAAAAAAUGGACCUUUAAGGAAAACAAUGUACUCAUUGUUGAAGGUCACAGAGGAAACAAUGUGUAUAUCCUAGACAUUGAUGUAAUACAAAAUAGGCAAUUAAGUCUUUCAGCUCAAAGCAGCAAAGAAAACUCGUUGUAA